UAAUUCCAUUUUUCAAAUUUUAAAACUUUUUUUCGAAAGAUAAAUCCAACAGUAUUUAUAGUUUUUUUAAAAAAGAUUUAUAGUUUAAUUAUUUUAGUUCAAUUAUCUUAAAAAAGAAUGCAAAAUCAUAAUAAUGUAGAAAAUGAUGAUGAUGAUGAUGAUGAACAAUUUUUAUUCGAUAUGUCUGAUAUGCUUGUCGAACCUCCAACCAAAAGAAGCAUCUGUCCACAAUGCCAGCGACCACAACCAGUAUGUUUUUGUUCGGAUAUUGAUCCGAUAUCACAAUUGCAAAACCAUUUGAUUAUAUUACAACAUCCCAACGAAUUAAAACGUUGUCUUCGUACAACAAAAAUCUUGGAACUAAGCAUUCCGGAUACUAAUUAUCAUCUUUUUAAUGGAAAAAGAUUUCCAUUGAAAAAAUUUCCACAACUAUUCAAAUUGAUUGAACAACGUGAAACCAUAUUGUUGUAUCCAUCACCAAUGGCCGAAUCAUUGGGUAUCGAAGGUAUUCAAUCAAAUGAUCCUGAUAAUCGUAAUAAUGGAUUCAAUGUGAUUAUAUUGGAUGGUACAUGGCAUCAAGCUCGUGUUUUAUUUAAUUGCAAUUCAUUUCUACAUUCAUUACGUUGUAUUAAAUUAGAAUCAACCGGUCGAUCACAAUAUGUGAUUCGAACACAACCAACCGAAACAUGUUUAUCAACAGUAGAGGCUGCUGCAAUUCUUUUAUCGCGCUUAGAACAUGAUCCAUCGAUCCAUGAUCGUUUAACACGACCAUUACGAACCAUAUGUGAUUAUCAAUUGAAUAAGGGAGCUGUUACUCACCAAAGCAAAGAAUAUCUCAUCACCAAUGGCCUAUAUGAACGACCAUUGAAUCGACGUUUGAAGAAAAAAGUCAAUCAACAAAUGGACAAUAAUAAUCCUAUUUCGGAUCUAAAAAAUCUUGUUCACUUGUUAUGAAAUUGAUCAUUUAAUUCAUUAUUUUUUUCAUUGUUAAAUUAAUGAAUAAUACCGAUAUAAUAAUUUA